CACGAUUACAAGGCCUGUCGUUUCUUACCCGUAGGUAGUUGAACGGGGUUUCGGUAAUAGCCAUGGCACUGUGAUCACCAACAAGUCAGCUAAUUUACUUUUUAAGAAAUUAGAAGACGUCGCCGUAGACGCCGCUUUGACUUAACGCCACAUCGUCAGAGCCACAGGUUUAAACGUUACCCCGCGACUUCCAGUUAGUUAGCUAGCUAAAGACGCAGCUAGCUAUUCGCCAACCAAGCACCUCUAAAUUAGAUCUUGGUUUCUAUUUCAAGAUGUCAACUGCGGGGUUCAACUCUCAGAAUGGGACAGGGACAGGGCAGGCAUAUGCGAAUGGUCCGUCACAGAAUCCAGUCGCUCUCCAGCAGCUGCCGGGGGUCAGCUACAGCAUGACUCAUCAACCAACCUACAAUCCAAUGCAGGCCAAAGCUCCCUCACCACCCGGCCCUGGACUCUACCCCUCUGGGCCAUACCAACCUGUUCCCCCAGUCAGCUCCUACCAGCCUGGCCCACCACUUAGCUCCUACCCAACUUCUCCAGGCCAGGCGCUGUUGACCAGGCCUCCAAUGGGGGGUCCUCUAUCCCAUACCCCUCCUCAGUCCGCCAGCCCCAGCCCUGGUCCGAGGCUGCCCCCUGCACAAGCCACACCUCCCCCUCCUGCUGUAUCUUCUAGUAGCUACUAUUCAAACCCACAGCAGCCACAGCCCAUGGCUCCAGCUUGGCAGUACAACACAGCUCCCCCGCCAUUGGUUCCUCCCACUUCCAUGAACACACCUCUCCGCGGCCCCGUGGCUAAUCAUGUGAACCCAGCUGCAAGCUCAACAGCGCCACCACCGUCAUCGGCAGCUUACAGCUCUGCACCACCAGCCCACGUGUCCCAUAGUGCUACACAGCCUCCGGGCCCAAGGAUGCCACCGACCUCUGUGCACGGAUACACCCAGCCAGGCGCUGCACCUCCACCAAUGAAUCCCAUAGCCCCCCACACAUACCAGCCAAGCAGAGCUCCCUAUGGCCCCCCACCUACCGGCCCACCACCAACCAUGAAACCCACGCCACCUCCCAGUGGACCCCCAAUGGCCAAUGCCACACCUCCACCCCCCAAGGCAGAUGGAACUGUGGCUGGCAAUGGCCCACAAGCACCAAACAGCUAUAAUCAUGUUGACAACAAAAUGGCUGGCCUGCCCCAGCCUGGACCACCAGGUCGGCACCUGGGCCACUACCCCUCCCUCCCCCCUGGGUACCAGAACGCUUCGACCCCUCACAAUGCCACCUCCCCCGUGCACCCUGCGAUGCAGGCCGCCACGCAGCCUUAUACUCAAGCACCUCAGCCAUACCAGCAGCCACCUGUUGGCCCAGGGCCAGCCCAGCUGAGCCCAUCCCUGGCAGCCAUGAGCCUCCAGUCCAGCACCCCAGAGGCCCUGAGAGUGGUCAACCUGCUGCAGGAGAGGAACCUGCUGCCCCCAAGCCCGAUACCUGCUCCGACACCCUGCCUCCCACAGGACUUGCAGAAGAUCAACUGCAACCCAGAGGUUUUUCGUAGUACGCUAACCAGCAUCCCUCAGACCCAGUCUCUGCUCAACAAAGCUAAGAUGCCACUGGGCCUGCUGCUCCACCCUUUCAAAGACCUCUCGCAACUUCCUGUGGUGACAUCUAGCACCAUCGUCAGGUGUCGGUCCUGCAGAACCUACAUCAACCCCUUUGUCUCUUUUCUGGACCAGAGGAGGUGGAAGUGCAACCUGUGCUAUCGGGUCAAUGAUGUUCCAGAGGAGUUUAUGUACAACCCAGUCAGCAGAUCAUACGGAGAGCCACACAAAAGACCCGAGGUCCAGAACGCCACCAUCGAAUUCAUUGCUCCCUCAGAAUACAUGCUGAGGCCACCACAGCCUGCUGUUUACCUCUUCGUUCUUGACGUAUCCCACAAUGCAGUGGAGACAGGCUACCUGAAUGUGUUCUGCCAAUCAAUGCUGGACAACAUCAAUGCGCUUCCGGGAGAUUCGCGGACAAAGGUCGGCUUCAUCACCUUUGACAGUACCAUCCACUUCUACAACCUCCAGGAGGGACUUUCCCAGCCUCAGAUGCUGAUCGUGUCUGACAUCGAAGAUAUCUUUUUACCCACACCAGACAGCCUUCUAGUAAACCUCAAUGAAUGCAAAGAGCUUGUGCAGGAUCUGCUGAAGAGUCUGCCAACUUUAUUUGAAAAGACCAUGGAGACCCAGUCUGCCCUGGGUUCAGCUCUACAAGCGGCCUUCAAGCUGCUGUCGCCCACUGGAGGGCGCAUGUCUGUCUUUCAGACCCAGCUGCCUAACCUCGGUGUGGGUGCGCUCCAGUCCAGAGAAGACCCCAACCAACGGGCAUCAGCCAAGGACAUCCAGCACUUAUCCCCAGCGACAGACUUCUACAAGAAGCUGGCUCUGGACUGCUCCGGCCAGCAGGUGGCGGUUGACCUGUUCCUGCUCAGCGCUCAGUACUGCGACCUGGCAUCGCUCGGCUGCAUAUCCAGAUACUCGGCAGGGAGCAUUUACUACUACCCCUCCUACCAUCACCAGCACAACCCCUCUCAGGUGGAGUGCUUUCAGAAGGAUCUGAAGAGAUACCUAACCAGGAAGAUCGGCUUCGAGGCCGUCAUGAGGAUACGCUGCACCAAAGGUCUGUCCAUCCACACGUUCCACGGAAACUUCUUUGUGCGCUCCACAGAUCUGUUGUCCCUUCCCAACGUGAACCCAGAUGCUGGUUUUGCGGUUCAGAUGUCCAUCGAGGAAAACCUGGACGACAUGCAGGUCGUCUCUUUCCAGGCUGCGCUGCUUUACACGUCCAGCAAAGGUGAGAGGAGGAUCCGUGUCCACACCUUGUGUCUCCCUGUGGUCAAUUCUCUGUCAGACAUCUUUGCUGGGGCUGAUGUUCAAGCCAUCACUGGACUGCUGGCUUGCAUGGCUGUGGACCGCUCGGUGACGGCCAGUCUGAGUGAUGCCAGAGAUGCAAUGACCAACGCUGCCAUUGACUCGCUGACGUCGUACCGCCAGUCUGUGUUGACCAUCCAGCAGCCUGGUCUGCUGUCCCCGGCCUGCCUCAGACUCUUCCCCAUGUUCAUCCUCGCCCUGCUCAAACAGAAAUCCUUCAGGACGGGAACCAGCACCAGGCUGGAUGACCGGGUGUUUGCCAUGUGUCAGCUGAAGUACCAGCCGCUGGCCUACGCCAUGCUGAUGAUCCACCCGGCUCUGUACCGUGUAGAUGAUCUGACAGAUGAGGGAGCUUUGAACAUCAGUGAGCGGACCAUCCCUCAGCCCAGACUGCUGCAGCUGUCUGUGGAGAAGCUCAGCAGGGAUGGAGCUUUCCUCAUGGAUGCUGGAACGGUGAUGUAUCUGUGGAUUGGACGGAACUGCCACCCCAACUUCCUCACACAAGUCCUGGGAGUUCCCAACUAUGCUGCCGUGCCUGAUAACCUGUAUAUGCUCCCAGAGCUGGACACUGCCGAGUCACAGAGAACCAGAGCUUUCAUCGGUUGGCUGAGGGAUCAGAGGCCGUUCUUCCCUUCCCUGCAUGUCAUCAGGGACGAGAGCCAGCGGAAAGCCAGCUUUAUGCAGAACAUGAUCGAGGACCGAACGGAGUCGGCCCUGUCGUACUAUGAGUUCCUGCUUCACCUCCAACAGCAAAUCUCCAAAUAAUCUUCAGUAGGACUGCGGAGACGAGUGUGUGUGUCUGUGUGUCUGUGUGUCUGUGUGUGUGGGUGUGUGUGUCUGUGUGUGUGUGUGUGUGUCUGUGUGUGUGUCUGUGUGUGUGUCUGUGCGUGUCUGUGUGUGUGAGAGUGAGCAGUGGGAGUCAGACCAUUUCUGAGGAAAAGCUCCUGAGCUGAACUGAUGUGAAGCGUCACUCAAAUCAAACAGUGUGACGGAUGGACGGACAGACAGCCACGUAGAAUCGAUUCUGAUGCUCAUUUGGCACUUUUUACCCCGCUGAAGCCACGUGCUGGAAGAAGAAGAAAAAAAAAACAAAAGGCAAGAAAUCCACGAUGAUGAUUAUGUGUGUCAGUGAUCGAAUGAAUCAGUGUUUAUUCUCAUAGAACAAUGCUAUCUUACUGAGGUAUUGCUCAGAUACAGUCCAGGCAAAUGGAUGUGUGAAGUGUUUUUGUCCCAAAAGCACAGUCGUCUUUACUAAAACAAGUAUGUAUGUAUGCUUACGGCUAGGUUUCUGAGGAUGUUUAGUAUGUGUGCGCUCAAAGACUGUUAUUGAGUGUCACCAGGAGUGUUUGUAUACACCUGAGCUCUAUCACUCUAAUGUCGUACCCGAAGGACAGAACGCGUGCUUUUUAUUUCUCAGUCAUUAUAUUUGUGUGUCGAACAAACACGUAGAGUCUGUCGUUGAAGUCAGAAAUGUUCAAGGUGUCUGACGGCGGACCGACCUCGCCGUCACCGCUGCCUUGAAUGUGUGAACUCGGCGGUGGAAGGUCGUUUUCAUUGGUCUGAUCUGUCCUUCAGAAGCUCUCUGUCAUCUUUUCUGUCUGUGGACAUUCAGAACACCUCUGACGACAUCGCUGUUCUGUUUGUUUAUUUCUCCUUUUUUUUUCUGAUAAUCUAAUAAUUUAUGAGAGUCCCAGUCUGAUUAAAUUCUAUAAUUGCCUUGUA